GAGCUACCCUAUUGUGUACCACCUCCACCCCAUCACAACUUGGCGUUUGAAAGACUCCCGAGUCCCGUCAGUCUAUAGUUUGAAUAUGAACAGAUCAGGUAUGGCUUUGUGAUUAAGAGCACUCCGUCAAGCGAUCAGUCGCCCCGCUCCAACACGUCGCCUGUUGCUUGUACCGACUGUAACAGUACAACAUCGCAAACAGUCCGUGCUGUCAUCUACACCAUAAUGGCCAACGUUCGCUGGGAAUACGUCUGUAUCUAUGCAUUGAUUUGUCUUUUCCAGAGUGUUAAAGGGGAAUAUGCCUACGUCACAUUUGACCCCUCACUUGAAGGUCUAGAUCAAUGCAUACUGCCAUCGAACGUUAAGUUGACGUUGGAGGUUGGCGGUGAAACGUUGACCUUGAACCUGCGCAGAAAUGACCACGUGCAUCCCGGUGUUCCCUCCUACGUCAUUGAGAUGACGGCUGACGGUCGGACAGGCUUCAGGCGCGAGGAGCAAGAUGACCCCAAGUUACGAGCGGCCUACCAAGACUUGGCCCACGAGGCAGCUGUCUUCAUCACGUGUGCUGUGUCACCAUCUGGAGCUGAAUAUGAGAUGGAGGGUAGUCUGUUUGUUGGGAGCGUCAAGUACCGCGUCCUUCCCUCCCAGUCCACAGUCCCCCUCUACCGCCGCCUGUUUCACUCAGGAGCAGAGAAGCUGUACCACGUGAUCAGAGCCAAAGAGGACCUCCCCUUUGAUGCUGAGAUUACAGUGGAGAAGUAUGAAGAAAUAAUCAGCAGAAGUCUGGACGAGAUCCGCUUACCUCCCGCACGUGCCGCACGUGAAAAACGUGAAGUUGUUGACGCAGAACAGACCAUCAAUAUCGACGUCAUAGCUCUGUUGGAUUACUCGCUCCUCAAAGUAUGGACGGCCAGGGCAGGGGGCGACGCUGCACGAGGAAAAACAGAAAUGAAGAAAUACUUUGCUCAUGUCAUGAACUCUGUCAGCCUUCGCUUUAAGAGCAUCGGAGAAUUGAACACCGGCAACACCAGCCAUCUGUUCAACAUCCGUCUGGUGGGCUUCUUCAUCGCAACGAAUGAGACCGACUCACCUUGGUCUGAGAAGAUCAGGGGUCACAUCACGACCAACAACACCUGGCAGCUGAACGCCACUGUGGUCCUAGAGGCCCUGAAGACAUGGUCCGCCUCAACCCCUGACGUCCCUGCCCACGACCACAUCAUGAUGUUCACAAGCUAUGACUUGGUGACGGACGACAACGGUUUCCGCUUCAACUAUACAACAGGCUUCGCCUAUGUCGCCACCACGUGUGCCACCGAUGGCUCGAGCGUGUCUGUCGUGGAGGACCAAGGAGGAUAUCAGAGUGUCGGCACCGCCGCUCAUGAACUGGGCCACAGCCUUGGCGCACGUCACGACGGGUCGAACAAUACUUGUAGCUCUGCAGACCGGUACGUGAUGGCACCAACAUCCCACGACGAGUCGCCAUCCAACAAGUACAACCCCUGGUAUUUCUCCGCUUGCUCGGUGCAGUAUUUCGUGGACUACAUCAACACAGCGACCACAGCUGACCCGAACAAAACGGCAUGUUUCACGGAGACGCUCCCAGGGGUCGACAUUCCCAAUAUCACUGGUGAAAUGCCUGGUCAGCUUCUCCCGCCAGAUGCCCAGUGCCAGCAGCAAUUCGGCAACACCUCCUACCUGUGUAGAGGAGUGGAUUUCGACGUCACCAAUAUCAUCUGUCGCGCUAUGUUCUGCUACAUGCCUUCUACAGUCAAAUGUCAGAUGCUGACGGCAGCCAUGGGGACGACAUGUGGGAACAAGAAGUGGUGCAUCAACGGGGAAUGUAUAACAAGUGAUAGUGCCCCUGCGGUAGACGAUGCCUGUCCUCAUGGAGACCAACCUUAUGUCCGUACGGAGGGCGGAAAUGUACGCUGUCCAGUGGCCACACAGUCCGGCCUGUGCUACAGCGCGGAGUGGAAUAGCACGUGUUGUGGUUCCUGCAAGACCUUUUGUCAAGGGGAGGCAGGGUGCGAGUGUGGGGACCGAGUGAAUGGCUGUAAUCGGGAAUCCUGUGGUGCUUAUGAUGAAACUACUCGCCAAUCGUGUUGCAAGACGUGUGCCGGUUAUACCACAUCAACUACUUCCACCACCACAACCACCACGACUUCCCCAACAACGACUGUGUCCAGUACGAGUACUGUCACGUAUCCCACCACGUGCACUGAUGUGUCGAGCUUUGGGGGUCGCUCAUGCGCUGAGCACGUGCAGGACGUGGGUCGACAGUCCUGUUAUGAUGUCCACGUCAACCGGUCCUGCUGCAAGAGCUGUGAAAACAAAAAAAUGUCCCAAUCUGCUGGUUGUGAAUGGGGGGACUACUACCCAAAUUCAUGCACCAUAUUAAAGUCUCUCCCGAAUGGGGCCAUCUGUCCCAGCAACUCUUCAUUGAAUAUCCUUUGUUGCAAUUCUUGCCUGCAACUUCAGAAGGCGGUGGACAUCGCUGUGAUCCAGACUACACCAGUAUUUAGCGGUUCUAUACCACCAUCACCCGCGUCCUGGCUGUUCGCUGUCUGUUGUAUCUGUAGCAUACUCAAACUGAUUAGUAUUUCCUAAAAGCAACCCUUAACCUUAGUAAUCAUGGACAGUUGCAACUCAAGGUCGCUAUUUCGAUUGACACUCUAGCGGACAGCGUUGGCACAUUUGAACAAUAGAUUUUCAUUUCUUGGAUGCAAGGAUACGCUAGUCGGGAGUUCGAAUCCCAGAUUUCCAAAUUGUUUUCUUUGCUCUCUAGAGUGCCAUACUCGUGUUGUUGGUUUAACCAAAUUAAUGUGAUAAAACUCAUUCCAUGAUAA